AUGAAAGCUCUGCCGCUGCUGGUGUGCAUCUGUGCAUUGAGUGCUUGCUUCUCACUCAAUGAAGGCCACAAAAAGCAGCAGGAAACACAGCACAGACAAAAUGAUCUUCGACCAUAUAUAGGAUCACCGCUUCAUCCCAAAUUACCACCUAACUGGAAUCAAUUCAUUCAAAAGCCAUACCCUUUUGAUCAUCCAAGACACCAUAAAAUUCCAAAUCCAAGGAGAAGAAUCUUCCCAAGGCCAAAACCUUCCAGCCCACCAUUUAAAAAUAACACUAACAAAAAGACCUCUGAGGCUACCACGCAGAUCCUAUCUGUGACUCCCACAUCUAUCUCUACCAGCACUACUAUCCCUCCACCUCUGACUACUCUUGCUCCUAAGGCCACCACCACAUCUGCAACAGUUAACAGUGGCACCACAGGCUCUCCUGCAAUUACGUCAGCACAACCCUCUACAACUCCACUGCAGACCACAGCUGUCGCACCUACAACUUCCACAUCAGUACCACUCCCCUCCUCACCUCCACCGACCACAACUGCACCAAAUACCACACCUGCUCCUUCUACAACCACUGCUACCCCUGAAACUUCCAAAACUACAGCUGCACCCACAACCCAAACUAGUAGUAGUGCUACUACUCAAAGUACUACUGUUAAAAAAACUUCACCUUCUAUAGAAAAAACUCUUCUUCAAUUCUUGUCAAGUAUUAGUCAGCUGCGAGAGCAAAUUUGGAAUAUUAUAAAGAGGUACUAG